AUAGUCUCUCGACACGUCUCUUCAACCUGUCUGUGUGUUGUGUUCAGUUCUCAUUCGGUGGCAUGCUAUGAAUUAUUCUCACCUUCUUCUGCUUCCCCAGGUUGCGUUUUCUCACAGGCCAAUUCUGCAAAUUCAAGCUUCCAAUUAUCAGGGUAGCAACACUGUCGAGCCAACCAAGACGAAAGACAAGACAAGUGAUAUAAGAAACCACAACAAAGUUAGAAGAGAUGAAGUUGUCUUGUGUGACACAGAGAAAACCAAGCAGCAGCAGUAUAAUCCUCCUCCACUUGUUACUGCAUUGAAGGUUUCAGCUCAACAAAAUGCUGCCACUUUUCACUUUCCCGGUCACAACAGAGGGCGUAUUGCCCCGUCUUCAUUAACUCACCUCAUUGGUAUCAAACCAUUCAUUCACGAUUUGCCUGAGCUUCCAGAGCUUGAUAAUCUGUUUUCACCACAAGGACCGAUUCUAGAUGCGCAAAAAGAAGCAGCAAAGCUUUUUGGGGCGUUGGAGACAUGGUUUCUGGUUGGAGGAACCACCUGUGGAAUCCAAGCUGCAAUUAUGGCUACAUGUUCGCCGGGAGACUAUCUAAUACUUCCCCGGAAUUGUCAUUUAUCAGCCAUAUCUGCUAUGGUCUUGUCUGGUGCCAUACCUAAGUACAUCAUACCCGAAUAUGACGUUGAAUGGGAUAUUGCUGGUGGGGUGACUUCAUCACAGGUGAAGAAGGCGAUUGAGGAACUCGAAAUGGAAGGGCGAAAGCCAGCUGCAGUCUUUGUGACUUCUCCUACUUAUCAUGGAAUAUGCAGCAACAUAAGUGAGAUUUCUCGACUGUGCCAUUCUCACAGAAUUCCAAUAAUUGUUGAUGAGGCACACGGGGCUCAUCUCGGGUUUCAUCCUCAAUUGCCUAGCUCAGCACUUCAGCAAGGGGCCGAUUUAGCAGUUCAGUCAACUCACAAAGUACUUUGCUCCUUGACACAAUCAUCAAUGCUGCACAUGUCAGGAAAUCUUGUAGAUAGAGAAAAUAUCUCAAGGUGCCUUCAAGUGCUUCAAAGCACUAGUCCUAGUUAUCUUCUUUUGGCAUCUUUAGAUGCAGCUCGACAUCAACUUACCGAAAACCCAAAAGCCUUAUUUGACAAACCACUGCAAUUAGUAACCGAAGCUAAUAAUGUGAUAAGAAGACUUCCCGGAAUAUCCAUACUUGACUCUCUGAGUUUCCCAAAGUUCCCAGCUAUGGAUCCAUUAAGGCUUACAAUUGGUUUCAGGCAGCUGAAUUUGUCUGGUUACGAGGCAGAUGAAAUUUUGUACAAGGACAACGAGAUUAUUUGCGAACUUGUUGGAACCACGUCUCUUACUUUUGCGUUUAACCUUGGAACUUGUAAGGAGCAUGUUGAGAGACUGGUGUCCAGCCUAAAGCAUUUAGUAUCAACUGCAACACUAACUCAAGGUGAUGUAGGGAAGAUGGACCUUGGUGUUUUAGCACCUUUCGCUGAUUUUACGACGAGCUUAAUUCCAAGAGACGCCUUUUUUAGAAGUAAAAGGAAAGUAAGCAUUGAAAGCUGUCUUGGGGAAGUUUGUGGGGAGCUUAUAUGUCCAUACCCACCAGGAAUUCCAGUGUUGAUCCCUGGUGAGAUUAUUACAGAAAGAGCUUUGGAUUAUCUUUUAGAGGUUAGAAGUAAAGGUGCUAUUAUCAGUGGGGCUUCAGAUCCUCAACUCUCUUCCAUAGUUGUCUGCAACAAGUAGUGCACCCACAGUAUGGUCCGAAUUCAGCUGUAUUGUCUUUGUAUUAGUCCAAGAGAUAAUUACGGCGUAAGUACUCAAAUUUUUGAUCUUGUGAGCAGUAUAAAUCCAAUAAUUUUUUCAGUAACAUAAGUACCCAAAUAUUAGUAAAACUGUAAUUUUCAUCAAAUUUCGUCGGUACUUAUUCCGUUAGUGUUUUAAUCAGGCCUAAAUUAUAAAUCAUUGGCUUUUUGAACAAUAACAUGUAAUAUCAAUUACUUCGACACUAACAGAGUUUGUAUUGACAAAAUUAGACAAAAGUUACAAUUUUACUGGCAUUGGGUACUUAUGUUACUAAAAACAAUUAUUGAAUCUGCUUACAAAAUUUAAAACUUUGAGUAUUUAUACUGCUAUUUAUUCUUAGUGUCCAACUUAUCUUCCCAGCUAGUGUGAAUAUUAUUCAUGCAGUUCUAUCAUUCAGAGUCUAGAAAUUGACAAGCAUACCUUAACAGGUGCAACUGGUUUGUAAGAUGAAAUAAUAUGCUGUAUAAUUUUCAAUAUAUUGUUCUGCCA